GGUGUGGACCACUCGCAGCGGUGUGAACACUGGUGGCGCACUCCAGAAUCUUCCUGCCAGGCGCGGUGACCAGCAAGCUUCGCCGCGGUGCCCAGCAGACACACUAGGAACAUGGCGGGUCUCAGUGCUACGGAGCUGGACCCGGAGUCGCUAGAGGCAGGGGAGCAGAUAGAGUAUUACUGCCGCGCAUUCGUGUGCGGCGAUCCGAGAGGAUAUCGCCGCGCAGUCAUCACUCGCGUCGACAGCGACGAAGACGUCGAGUUCCCGGUAGCGGUCAACAUCAGGGACGUGAUCUCCACCGACAUGAUGAUGAAGCGCGUGGAAGACCGCUUCGGGAACCCGCUCCAAAGUGGCGAGGCAAUGCGGCGCAAGCUUCGCACGUUUCAUUUUGUGCCUGGGUCGUUCGCGGUGAAGUCGCGCCCUGGCGCACUCAAAGAAGUGCUGGAGGGUGUCGUACGUGCUGCAUUCGCAGCGGUCCACGAAGGUGUACACCAUGUGAUCGACGAAAUAGUUCCCGAAACCCCGCAGAGCACGGAAAGCAGCUCGGACGAGGAUGACACGGACUUGGAGGACUGCCGGCCGACCAGCACCCCCAAUAUCCCUCAGCAGACAAAUCGAGCAGUGCAGAAGGGCAUCCCAUGUCGACGGGGACCCGAGACAACGAGGAAAGCUACGCCACUUCAAACUGCCAUUCAAACUUCCCUCAGCGAUUUGGAGGCAGCGGCAUACGUGCGCUCGAUCCCCAACGAACACGCGCGUGCCAAGAUUCGGCACCAGCCUAAGAAGAGGCGUGCCAAGUGGCACGUGCCUAGAUCCCGGAAGCGCAGGUACCAGCCCGUGGCUACUGCGGGCCAACUCCAGUGCCAGACCGUGCCGUGGCCUGCAAACGUCCAGAAGAUUUUGUCGUGCAAGCGUAACAACGUGCAAUUCCCAGAUCUUGGGAGCGUCGACCGCUGCAGCUGCUUUGGGGAUUGCUUCUGGGAUACGUGCUCUAACGUGGCGUCAGCGUCGUUCUGCAUCCCCAAGUAUUGCAAGCUUGGGGCGGUCUGCAGCAACGCACCGCGGACGCUGGUCACGCUCAAGCUCUUCGAAACUGGACGAGUGGGACUUGGUGCCUACAUGACAACUGCGCUCGACAUUAGGGACGUGCUGGGUGAAUACUGCGGGGAGCUAACGGAGUUCCUCGCAAUGGUAGAAGGGCAGCCACCGCUCGCUGUGAAGCAGAACAGCGGCUACACGCUCUUGUACAACGCGAAGUCGGUCAACAACAACUUCGUGUACGUCGACGCCCUUCGCUGCGGCUCCAUUACCCGCUUUAUUUCGCAUUCCUGCGAGCCGAACGCCGCAUUCAUCGAGCAGCAGACGCAAACGCUCGUUCGCGUGCUCGUCAAGAUGAUCAAGAGCGUCUCAGCUGGGGCCCACAUCACCGUUCACUACCGUAAUGAACGGUGGUUGACAUGCGCCUGCGACCGAUGCUGGAAGGGCUCCAGGGUGAAAGAAGAAACCGCCGACGAGGCGUAA